AUGGAUGAUGUUCUGCUGUCCAUUUUGGACCUCCCAAAGCUGAAUAGGGGCAUGUCCCUUAAUAUCAAAGGCGAGGAAAAGCUGGUUAUGGCUUUUACGCUAGGAUAUAUUGGGGACAUGCCCCAGCAGAACGAUAAUGCUGGGAUACUGCGCCAGAAUGCAGCCAAGGGCUGCAGAAGCUGCUUGGCCUCGAAAGAGGAGCGUGGAGACAUCCACUUUGAUUACAUGAGGCUUGGCGGAUACCACCAUCACCAGGUCCAGCUCCGAGAGCAUGGAAGCACACUUCCUCCUGCAAAAAAGAAGGCGUGGUACCAGCAAUGGGGAAUGCGUGAAACCGAGCCUGCGUUGUUCAAAAUAUCACCAGCGCUUGAUAUUGUGCUGAGUCAGCCUCCGGAUCUUGUUGUGCUUGCUUUUGCAUCGAUAGCCAAGUCGAAUGCAACCACUUGCGCAUGGAGGAUGAAGCCUGGACAGCACCAGGAUGCCGAGAAGGCAAUAUUUGAGGGCCGUAGCAUGUAUCGGGGGCUCUGCAACGCUGCAUCUCUGGCUUCACAGAUGAAAGUUCGGAACCAAUGCAAGGGAAAAGGGAAAGGAAAGGGGAAUGCGUCUCUAACGCCAUCAGUUAGUCCACCAAGUGUUGACACAGCUACCGAGGAUUUCUGCAGUGUUAUAGAUUCAAUCGAGCAGUCGGUGCAACAAGAAUUCGAACUGGUUACCAGUAUGAUGGAUUUAAAAACAGCAUCAGGAUCCCUCAAAUAUUAUAUAAAAUGGCGCAGCCGGCCGAACGUCCACCAAGGAGCCCAUAUCAACGAUACAAUUGGGAGGUAUGGAAAUAGUUUCAGCUGCAAUGUUCUCCAUUGCGAGGACAAGCAUAAGCUUUUUAAGAAGUGGGCGGAGGCACUAAAUGGACGCUCAGUUGAGCGUUCUUUGAUGAUGCGCGAGUCAAUCAACACCACCAUUCGGCUCCUUCUCCAAGGAGCAUUCAAGUAUUCUGAGCCAGAGAUUUCAAGUCAGUUAAAAUCUCUCUACGAGAAAUGCCCAAGUCUUAUGGGCCAGAUUAUGCCAUCUCCAGAGCAACCUGAUAAUGUCAAAGAGAUAACCCAGGCAUAUUGGAAGAUGCAGCACAUAUCCGGCCAAGGGCAAUGA